AGCUUUUAUUGAGCAGAUUUUUUAGCUAACCACCAGGGACUAACACUAGAUUGUAAAAAUUUCAGAGCUGAAUCACUCCACUUUCUUUCAUUUUUUUUUUUUUUAAAUAUUCACGUUUACCAAAAAAUAGUUUCUGAAGACCCAGCCGGUACAGGAAAACAAGAAUCUGCCCUAGUGAGAGGGGGAGCGCUGUGCUGGUGUCUCUGGAAAAGCCAGCUGGAAAGGAGCUAUAGGUUGUAGCCCCCACCCCCUCCCCACAAACUCUUUGCAGGAGGUGUGGAGAUGGGGCUGGGAGUCACGCUGCCCUGCUUGUGGACUUUAAUCUCCCUGGAAUUGUUGGCUCUGGUGGAGGGGACUGUGCCUCUGGAGGACUUCUACCCCUUCGGAGUCGAGCAUGGAGACUCCAGCACAGGAAAGCAAGACGACGGGGGCUCAGGUCUGCUGGAGAUCUCUGUCAACUUCCCCUUCUUUGGGGACAGGCACUCAGGGCUCUAUGUGAACAACAAUGGUCUGGUCUCAUUCCUUCGCGAGGUGUCCCAGUUCACACCAGUGGCGUUCCCCAUUGCAGGAGACCGGCGAGUCCUAGCACCUUUCUGGUCUGAUGUGGAUAACAGGCGCGCCGGGGAGGUGUACUACCGCGAGAGCAAGGACCCCGCCGUCCUGCAGAGGGCGACAGAGGACAUCCGGCGCUACUUCCCAGAGUUCUCUGAGUUCACCGCUACCUGGGUUCUGAUUGCCACCUGGCAUAGAGUCACCUUCUUUGGGGGCAGCUCCUUCUCACCGGUGAACACGUUCCAGGGGGUGCUCAUCACAGAUGGGGAACUCUCCUUCACUAUUUUCCACUACGAGCAGAUCACCUGGACCACAGGGAUGCACGCCAGCAGCGGAGGUGAUUUCGCUGGGCUGGGAGGGAUCGCUGCACAGGCAGGCUUCAACGCAGGAGACGGGAAGCGAUAUUUCAACAUCCCAGGCUCUCGUACCCAGGACAUCGUGGAUGCGGAGGAGACCACUAACGUGGGUGUCCCGGGGCGUUGGGUCUUCCGCAUCGAUGACGCCCUGGUGCUGAUGGGCGGCUGCAACGACUCGGGCUCUGUUUGCCUUAACCUGCGCCCCUGUCUGAACAGAGGCCGCUGCAUUGAUGACUGUAUCACUGGAAACCCCUCGUACACCUGCUCCUGUCCCUCUGGCUACACUGGCAAGAGGUGUCAGAUAGAUGUUAAUGAAUGCUCUGCGUACCCCUGUCAGAAUGGUGGAUCAUGUAUCGACGGACCAAACAACUUUACCUGCCUGUGCCUGCCUGGGUUUAGAGGACCACUUUGUGAGAUAGAUAUUAAUGAAUGCUCUUCGUACCCCUGUCAGAAUGGUGGAACAUGCAUCGAUGGACAAAAUAGCUUCACCUGCCUGUGCCCGCCCGGAUAUAAGGGACCUGUUUGUGAGAUAGAUGUUAAUGAAUGCUCUUCACACCCCUGCCAGAAUGGUGGAACAUGCAUCGAUGGACAAAACAGCUUCACCUGCCUGUGCCCGUCCGGAUAUAAGGGAACUGUUUGUGAUAUAGAUCUGGAUGAAUGUGAAGGGAGUCAGUGUAAAAAUGGAGGGAUGUGUGUGGACGGAGUCGGUCAUUUCACCUGCGUGUGUGAACCUGGCUACACUGGAGAGACCUGUGAAACAGAGGAAUUCGAAGCAUGCCCCCUGAAGCCCUGUCUGAAUGGAGGGUCCUGUUCCAGAGCCAACAGAACUGCAGUCUGUAUCUGUCCACCAGGGGUCAGUGGAGAGUACUGCGAGGAGGAGGGAUGUCUGUGCCAGAACGGAGGCUCCUGUACAGGCAUCAACUACACCUGUGAGUGUCCCUCACGAUUCACUGGAGACUACUGUCAGUUUGAAAUCACUCAGACCCCCUGCAGCUCCAACAAGCCAUGCCCGGAUGGGGGACCCUGCAUGGAGUAUGGGGGGACCUACCUGUGCACCUGCCAGACUGAGGUGGUGGAGAGAGACAUACUGCCCUAUGUGUGUGACUCUGGGCCCUGUCUAAACGGUGGCUUCUGCUCAGAGAGGGACGGUGGUUAUAUCUGCGACUGCAAGCUGGGCUACAGGGGCAAGCACUGCGAGAAAGUCAGGCUGAGUAUCUGUGCUUCCAGUCCUUGUCGGAACGGAGGGUCAUGCCGCGAGGAGGCUGGCGGAUACCACUGCUCCUGUCCCUACAGGUUCACUGGGAGGCACUGCGAAAUAGGGAAGCCUGACCCCUGCUCGUCCAGCCCCUGUGGGAAUGGAGGGACGUGUUUCCACUACAUCGGGAAGUACAAGUGUGAGUGUGCUGGCGGAUUCACCGGGAGACACUGCGAGAAGGCUCUGGACCCCUGUCUCUCAGCUCCCUGUAAGAAUGGAGGGAACUGCACUGAGCACAUCGGAGGGACUUACCAGUGCCUGUGCCAGCCUGGUUACCAUGGAGAACACUGCGAGAGGGAGAUGGACUGCGGAGCCCCUGUGCAGGUGAAGCACGCCCAGGUCCAGUACACCUCCUCCCAGCCCGGCUCCAGCGCCCUGUACACCUGUCACCCUGGAUUCACCCCCAUCCCCAGAGCCACAGUCAGUGUCUGCGGAGGCCAGGGGGCCUGGAGCCAGCCCCCCGUGUGUGAAGAAAUCAACGAGUGUCUCUCCCAGCCCUGCUUGAACGGCGGGACGUGUAAAGAUCGAGUCGACACCUACCUGUGUGCUUGUGAGGAAGGAUUCACCGGACCCAACUGUCAGACAGAGCUAGAUGAGUGCCUCUCGGAGCCCUGUAAGCACGGAGGGAGCUGCGUGGAUCAGCCUGGGUCCUACUUCUGCCAGUGUCCACAGGGGUUUACAGGCCAGGACUGUGAAACAGAGCUGGACGGCUGUGGGUUGAGCCCCUGUUUAAAUGGUGGAGUUUGCAAAGGACGCAGAGAGAGCUACCUGUGUCUCUGCAAGGAGGGCUUCAUGGGAGAGAUUUGCCAAACAGCGGAGGACCCCUGCUCACUGCAGCCGUGUGGAAGCCGAGGGUACUGCCGCAGUGACAAGAGUGGGCAGUAUGUUUGCACCUGUAAAGUAGGACACACUGGGAGGGACUGUGAAAAAGAGCUGAUGCCCCCGGCAGCCCUGCAGGUGGUGAGGGUGGAGGAGGGCGAGGUGGAGGUGAGCUGGCGCUCGCCUGAUGCCCCCCAGGAGCUGAUUGACGGCUUUGCUGUCACCUACACACCCAUAGGGGGAGGCGACCGCAAGACCGACUACCUGGACAAGCAGCGUUCGACCCACCUGCUGCGCUCGCUGGCGCCCGGGCGUCUCUACAACAUCUCAGCCUUCUCCGUGAAGCGCAACACCAACAACAAUGACAUCAGCCAGCCCGUGCUCACCAUCGUACGCACCAGGCCACGCAAAGUAGAGGACUUCCAUGUAGCUAACGUGUCCACGUCCCGCGUGUGGCUGAAAUGGGCCCUCCACAGCAUCAGACACUCCACGGUCAGCAAGGUCUGUGUCUCGCUGCGCUCGUCCCAGAGUGCGGAGAACAUCACAGUGCUGCUGAACACCAACACCACAGAGCACAGCUUCGGAUCCCUGCUCCCUGGGGAGAUGUACACUGUGGACAUUGUGACUCAGAGCGGGCUGAAGCCAGAGGAACUGCCGACUGUGAGCCAAUCAGUAGGGCCGAUUCGCCUGUGGACCCGCCCCCUUGCCCCUGUGAACAUGUCAUUGUCCUUCAUUACCGCGACAACGGCACAGAUAACUUGGGAACGGCCUUUAAUUGGCUCCCUGGAUGGCUACGUGAUCAACGUCACAUCCAGCCGCACCAAGAAGAGCCGCUACCUGCCAAACGGCAAGAUGAGCACCUACACUGUGCGAGAGCUUUCCCCGGGCCUACAGUACCGCCUGUCCCUCACAGCCGUGCGCAGUACUGACAGAGAGCAGCUGCACAGUGACCCGCUCCGUCUCAACAUCACCACCAUGCUGUCUGAUGAAAGGUCUGGCAGGAGAGAGAGUGCUGGGUCUUUGGGUCGAGGUCCCCAGGUGGUGAGCGGCCGAGCUCCCAGCAGCCGUCAUCUUCCCACAGUCCAGCUGGACAGGGAGAACUUUGAUGAGCUGCCCAGAUACACUGAGCUGAUUGACGGCCGGGGAAGAAUCACUGCCAAGUUUAGCAACCUACAGAACAAGGCCAUCACACACCGUGCACGACCAGAGUCUCCAAUGAAGUUAGAGAGCAUAGAGGAGACGACCAAUAAAAUCAGCCUGGCCCUCGAAAUCCCAGAGGCGGAAAACAGAAAGACAGAGGAGCAGACGGGCUGCAAGUCAAACCUGUGUCGAAACGGAGGGACAUGCAUUAAAGGACCGGACUCCUACCUGUGUGAAUGCAAUGUAGGCUUUAAAGGAAAGCACUGUGAACUCUUUUGUCAGAGAGUUUCUCACCCCUGUACACGACUAUACUCCGAAACAAAGACCAUCCCGGUCUGGGAGGGAGGGGUUUGCCAUUACUUGUAUAAACGAACCUAUAAGGUUCAUCAGGACAUUUGUUAUAGGGAAAUCUGUGAGCCGCUUUCACAAAAGAAACUUCCAAGAGACAGGCGAUUGUAUAGGCACCAGUGAGUUAAAAGGAGCAUUUAACAAGAUCAAGGUGAGGGUCUGGGAUUCCUUGGCAACCAGUUUGGUUUCCCUAGCAACCUCUCCCCUCCCAAUUGCAUACACUGUAAUCUCUCAGAGCUAUUCAACUGGAAUCCAAAGUUCCAACUCAAAAACAUUGAACCCUUUACACAUCUACCAGCUUCAAGAGGCAAUCUAUGACAGCCUCAAAUAACCCACAACCUGCUGUUCUUUCACAUUGCAGGUUAUUUCUCCAACACUUCUGAAUUCUAAUUUCACCUCCUUUUCAUGUCAUUUCCUUGCUUUCCUUACUAGCUUUUUUUAUACCUGAGAUUUUAAACCUUCUGAACCAAAAUUCAUAGACUGACAUUCAGUCUCCUGAAAUGGAGCCAAAGAAGAAUACUUCAUAAAUAAAUCAGUAGCAAUGACAGAUGGUUAUCAGGGACCAACAGUGCCUCAAAUCCAGAAUUACAGCGAGAAAGCAUGUUAUUGUUGUCUGAUAUUGAAUGCGAGUUUUUAAUCUUUAGUUCUGGGUAAGGGGACAACCCCCAAUGCUCAACACACCCCUCUACCAAUUAACCGGUGCAUUAUAGACAUAUCCCAGUUGUCUGUCUUUGCUUUUGUUCUAUUGGGACCCUCCACCCCCUACCUCUCCACCAUUGUAGCUUGCCCUUGUUCUAAGAUACCCUUAGUCAUGCAAAUUGAAGUUUAUUAAACAUAAUCCAUUCAAUAAAAUAAUGUGUGUUAUUGCGGGGGUGGCCUUAACCAAAUAGAAGCUACAAUAUGUGUUUUUUAAAUUCUCUGUGCUUUAAAGAACCAUAUAGUUGCUUAGUCUUUAAAGAGGGGCAUCAGAGCAGUGAAGCAGUGCCAUUCAGUUGGUUGGAACCGUGGACUGGAUGCCAGGCUAUCUUGGAUUCAGACCCCUGCUUAGCCACUAUGUGACCCUGGGCCCAAGUCACUUAUCCUGCAUGCUUCAAUCCCAGAAACUCCCCCAAAACAGUCAGUAGGGCCCACCUGGGUAAUUAAUUUUAAUUACAUGAAAGGUAUAUUUGUAUUUGUAUAUCUCGGUUAAACUCUGUCAAUGAACCACAUCCCGAGCUAAUCUUUCUCUGCUAGUGAUUUUGUAAAUAGUGUUUAUAUGAUUUUUUUUUGUUUGUUUUUUGUAGGUGAAUAUUUUAAUAAAGUCAUUUUUAUUUCUUUUUUUUCUGUUAAUAUUUUAAUCAGGAAAUAUCUAAUACGUGCAAGUUGGAGGACUGAAGGAUUUUUGUUUUGGUAUAUCACAUUAUUUUUAUUUCCAAAUUGGAAAUCAAUGUUCUUGUAAAUAUGUCUAGACAGAUGGAUUGAUGGCAACAGGUUGCUACAGGUCACAUACUGGUGGCACUUUUCUGUAUCUAUGGAAACCAGCUUCCUCAGCUUUCCAGACAGUGACAGAACUCUUGUUCUGCAAUUUCUAACAAAAAUAAAACAAACCAAGUUUGAGUGUGCCUUAAGUCAUAGAGUGGGUGUGUAUCUCACUUGCUCUGUUACACUCACUGAAAUAGCCUAUUGUAACUAUGAAGCAUUCGUAUUAGUCUCGACCAUAGCGGUGUUGUUUUUUGCUUUUUUACAUGAUGGAUUGUCCUUCUAUGUAUGGAAGUUUAAUUCAGCAGCACCAUACAUCACUGUUAUAGACAUUGUUAUAGGUCGUAAAGCAGUGCUAAGUCUUGUGAAUUAUACAGUUGUGCAGGAGAAAGCAUAGCAUGGGAAAAAGCAAGUUGAUUCUCUGCUUCCCUGCUUUAAAGUAGAACAAAUAUCUGAGUCAAUAGAUUAGAAGUUGUCCUCCAUGGAUAAAAUGAAGAUCCCAAUACAUUUGUGUUCUCAAUGGAAGACAUCUUCCAAUCUCAGCUCUCAUGACAUUCUGUCCCAAUGUUCAAGACAGGUUUCAAGUACAGUUCUACAAGACAAUCACCAUACCAUGAUUUCCUAGAAAGGGCAUUUUCUCAGCUACAGUAUCAAUUGAUGUAAAAUUCGAAGAGUCUUCCAGAAAUGUCUUUUUUCUUUUUUGGACCAAAGCACUUGACAUUCCUUUGUUAGUGCAGGACUUGCAUGGAGAGAAGCAAAGCCAAUCCACUAGAUACUGCUUUCCAUUGGCUUCAGCCAGCAGUGGUCCUUCAGCUUCUCAGUUAGAGAUAAGUUGGGAAAGCAAACUGGACUGGGUGCAGAAUGGAUUCUUCCACAACUCAACAGUACCACCUGCAAGGGACCUGAAGUAUGAAUUAACCUGUAAACUGUUACACACUUGGAAAUGUGAUUUUAAUGAGAAAUAAAUGUACAGAAUGGUGUA